UUCCAGUAGGAAACCUUCAGGGAAUGACGUCCAAUGAAACAGACGGGAUGGAUUUCUACCCAAGAGGAAGGGGAAAGCACCUAUGUUUGCCGAUAAACUAGAGCAAUCUGUAAAAUAUAUAUUGCUCUCAUAGCAAUAAGUAGCCACAUUUGUAUUGUGUCUUGGAAUUUUCGGCAACUGCAUGCGCCCAGUGUUUGGACCAAAUCCGGACUGUGGGGGGAGUUUUGCGCCUGCUUUUGCACGCUAAACAAAACAACGAAAGAGGACUUGGCUGCGCAGAACACGCAUCCAGCCACGAUUAGUAACUAUUUAGCUAGUUAUGUAGAUUGCUUUUGGCAGGUUUGCCUGGGUACAUAACUACAUUGGUUUAUUUGCAUGUUUGUGAAGAAAAGCUCAAACAGAUUGGUCGGUCUAAGGAGAGAAUGAUAGGGGUUUGAGAAAUUCAGAGUUUUGUCCCCGGCUUGGACGUUAGCUACUGCUAGCUACCGAGUUAGCGAAUGCCAAAGGGCCUAUUUAGCAAGCGUUUUCAAACCUUUCCAGCGUUUGAGAGUUAUGACAUGACUGUUGUACAGUACUUACCUGUUUGCUGGAUUGCUACUAUUCAUACAGACGCUAAUAUUCGUGAAUAGGGUUUUUACUUCCACACUCCGUGAGGGACGGAGCAAGGAUAUGGGGAAGCGUUGCUCAGCCGACUACUACUGUCACUCCUCCAGGAUUUCGAAUCAGGAGAGCCCGGGUCGGUUGUUUGGACUCACGGAUAGCCAACUAGUUACAUGGACUCACUGACAAGUAACUGCUGUUUCAUUUAAAGCCAAAUUUGCAGUUUGAAUCAAGUAGCUAGCUAUCGAUAAAUUAUUUGGCGUGCCUCACCCACAAUAUUGUGCUGAGGACCAGACCAGUCAACUCGUUACCAGUCGGGAAAGGGCAAGAACAAAAACAACGCGCAAAAUGAACUAUCAGCAGCACCUUGCAAACUCGGCUGCCAUUCGGUCUGAGAUCCAGAGGUUCGAAUCCGUCCAUCCAAACAUCUACUCCAUAUAUGAACUGCUGGAGCGCGUGGAAGAGCCCAUCCUGCAGAAUCAGAUUCGAGAACAUGUCAUCGCCAUUGAAGACGCCUUUGUGAACAGCCAGGAGUGGACCCUGAGCCGAUCGGUACCAGAACUCAAAGUGGGCAUUGUGGGUAACCUGGCCAGUGGGAAGUCUGCGCUGGUCCACAGGUACCUGACAGGAACAUACGUCCAGGAGGAAUCUCCAGAAGGGGGGCGUUUUAAGAAGGAGAUAGUGGUGGACGGACAGAGCAACCUACUGCUCAUCAGAGAUGAAGGGGGCCCUCCGGAGGCUCAGUUUGCCCUGUGGGUGGAUGCAGUGAUAUUUGUGUUCAGUCUGGAGGAUGAGAUCAGUUUCCAGACAGUCUACCAUUACUACAGCCGCAUGGCUAACUACCGCAACACUGCUGAGGUGCCUCUGGUGCUGGUGGGGACGCAAGAUGCUAUCAGCUCAGCCAAUCCCCGGGUCAUCGAUGACACGCGAGCACGCAAGCUGUCCAAUGACCUGAAGCGCUGCACCUACUAUGAGACGUGUGCCACCUACGGCCUCAAUGUGGAACGGGUCUUCCAGGACGUGGCCCAGAAGAUCGUGGCGACCAGGAAGAAGCAGCAGCUGUCCAUUGGUCCGUGCAAGUCCCUCCCUAACUCCCCUAGCCACUCCUCUGUGUGUUCUGCACAGGUGGCUGCAGCAGUACACAUCAGCCAGCAGACCAGUAAUGGCGGCAGCCUGAGUGACUACUCCUCGUCAGUCCCCUCCACCCCCAGCACCAGUCAGAAGGAGCUACGCAUCGACGUCCCCCAGACCACCAACACCCCCACACCCGUCCGCAAGCAGUCCAAACGCCGCUCCAACCUCUUCACUUCUCGGAAGGCCAGCGAGCCAGACAGGGACAAGAAAGGACUGGAGGGCCGAGCGGACAGCAUUGGAAGCGGCCGAGCUAUUCCAAUUAAGCAGGUAUGAUCAGAUCUGGCCCUCGCCUGGCCAGCCGGCUGCUACGGGGAUAAUUAGGGUCCGGCAGCGCCGUAUUGCUG